AUGGGCCGAGCGACUGACAACCAAGACCAGGAGGAUCCUAACUGGGUUGCAACGGACAAUGGCAAUAAGGGCGAUAAGGGGAUACCGGACCAUCUCCAAAAAUGCCGCCGUAGAUCUGCUAGGCGCAAUACCAUACUGAGGGAAUGGGUGGACAGGGACAGCGGUGCGUUGACGUACCGCCUCACACAGGUGCUGACCGGGCAUGGCUGCUUCGGUCAGUACCUGUGCGACAUGGCCAGACGCGACCAAAACACUGCUUGCCAUCAUUGUAAUGACGACCGAGACACGGCGCAGCACACGUUGCUCGUCUGUCCCGCUUGGAGUAGUCAAAGAGCGGCCCUACAGGCCACUAUUGGACCCGACAUCACGCUGCCGGCCAUCGUUCGUGCGAUGCUGGACAGCCAACACUUUUGGAGGGCAGUCGAGACAUUCGCUGAAUCGGUGAUGUCGUCGAAGGAGGAGGCGGAGUGCAGGCGAGAGGCGGAGGCGCACGAUCCUCGGAGACGGCCGAGGCGGAGACCGGGGGCCAGACAUGGUCAUGACGUCCCGCCUUAG